GCAGAUUCCGAACAGCGAAAAUUGAGCCUUUAGCAGCUAGUGUAAGCCCACCCAAGUUCAGAUUUUAUUGUCCAUAAAUACCCAAAGUCAGAUUAGAUCACCGGGCCUAAUACCCAAAUACCUCCUCUACUUUUCUUCUCAGAAACUAUUCCUUAAUGAUUAUCUUCUCCCUCAAUCUCUCCCUUGCUCUGAAAUGGAAUCAUCACUACCAGCAGCACAAUCACCCAAAUCUCCAUCGUCUCCGUCCACUACCACUUCCUCCACCGAAUCAAUUCGUGGCCACAAGAUCUCCGAUAUGUGCCACGAAUCCUCCACCACCACUAAAAUCGCCUCUGUCCAUGAAAUCUUAAUCCAUUGGAUCGAUGAAAUUCCUUCGGUUCAACAAUCGUCUCACUACGGUAACAUCUCCUACAGAACUUGGCACGAGUGGAUAGGAAUUUCCCGAUCUGUUCAUGCCUUCUUUUUGUUUUUGGUUAUAUGGAGAUCGCGAUUGUGCUGUUUAGAUGCAGAAACAAAAGCAAAGGAAGAAUACAGUCAAAAGUUGCAGGAAUUGCAAGCAGAGGUAGCUUCAUGUAAUGAAUCGCGAGAAAAGCUCCAAAGAAAGGUUAGUAAUAAAAGACAACGCAUCUAUCUCGGUUGGAGAAUUGGAUGGGCUAUUGCUCCAGCUUUUGCUGCGUCUGCAAUCCGAAACAUUCAUGUCAAACUUACAGAUUCUGCUCCAGCACCUUUCCAAGAAGCUGCGUUAACUGCUUUGACAAGCCCCCCUGAAUAUUUUGAACGACUGAAAAAAGAAUAUGAAUUUAAAAGGGAUUUCAUUGUGAAGGUGCUCACCUUGGUUGGUUUUCAAAUUCAUUUUAAGCCCCAAGGUUCCAUAUUUUUAUUUGCAGAGCUUCCUAGGAAUUGCUUGCUUUCUGAUGUAGAAUAUGUUAAGGAAUUAAUAAAAGAGGCAGGGGUGGUUGCUGUACCAGGAUGUGGAUUUUUUCAUACAAAGCUUUCUAUGGAGCCAUCAUCUGAGGCAAGUUGCAACUACCAGAAGAGAUAUGUAAGGUUUGCUUUCUGCAAAAGUAUUGCUACUUUGGCAGCCGCUGCACAAAAGUUUAGUGAUCUUAAGAACGCUACCAGGUAUGAACAACCUUAACAUGCGAGGUGGGUUAAGGGAUGAGAGAGAGAGUUAUCUUUUAUUGUACAAUUUAGAUAAAAAAAAAAAAAGAAGAAAAUGAUAUACUUAAAAUGUCACACAAUAUUGUAAAUUUAUACCGUAUGUGUUCUUAUAUAAUCAUUUUUUUUUUAUUCAUGAGUCUACACAUAAUAUUUUAUGAAUAUACUCAUUAAAUGUUA